AAUUAGUACGAAGACGCGUCCAGAGGGAAACCAUGAUUCUUCACGCAAUAUUCCUUAUUAUUCUUGCUGUCGGGAGUGUAAGAUCCAAUGAAGACGUCCCGGCGUUGACGCCAUUGGAUAGCAGCGUCUCUAGUGACAAUUCUACUACUCGGCUACCUGCAGUAUGUAGUGUGUGUUCGUGCAAAGCCGAUAUUGUGAACUGUUCCAAUUUGAAAUUGGAAAGUGGGUUUGUGGAUUCUCAAUGGAACAUAAAAACGAUGGUGACACUUACGUUCAUGAACAAUUAUCUAGCUCGAGUAGAGCCAUUUCCGAAUCUUGUUAUUAACAAGCUGAUCCUAUCUCAUAAUAGAAUUGUGAAGAUAGACGAUUGCACGUUUAAAGAAAUCAGGAAUCUUACUGAUUUGGACCUGAGCCAUAAUCAACUUACCUCUGAAAAACUUAAACCAAACGUUUUCGAGGGACGAUUUUCGGAUGUCGCCUACGAACCAUUGUCAAGAUUAGUCACCUUGAACUUGGGCCAUAAUGCACUUCACACGUUGAAUGCAGAUUUAUUUGAACACAUUCCGGAUUUAAAAGUCUUAAUUCUAGAAGGAAAUCCACUGAGGGUCAUCGAUCACUCGACUACGAUAGCGAUUGCCGAUCUUCCAUAUUUGGAAGAGCUGGAUUUAAGUUACUGUGGUCUCAAAGAUUUACCAGAUCAUUUAUUCCACACUCCAAAAUAUUUGACAAAGCUUCAUCUAAGAGGUAAUGCCUUUACUGAUCCGCCAACGGCGCUGGAAGAUGCACAAGCUCUACAGUAUCUAUGCUUGGACGAGAAUCCGAUUCAAGUAAUUACCAGGGAAAAUGCAUUCCCGUUAAUGCCUAACCUAACAGAGCUCAGUCUAUGUGGUAUGCAGAAUCUGACUAAAAUUGGAGCAGGUGCAUUCUCCGGCUUAAUCAGUCUUCAGAGUUUGCACAUAGAGAAUUCUCCUCUGUUUAGAAAAAUCCACGAGGACGCUUUGAUUGAUAAGAGAAACGAAGCAGCAGUAUGGCCGCCAAUAAGGAGAUUGGAAUUGGGAAACAACGCUUUAAUGUAUUUACCGGCUGGUUUGAUCGCUCGUUGGGACAAUUUAGAAGUUCUUGAUCUUUCCGACAACAAAUGGUCUUGCGAUUGUGAUAAUCAGUAUCUGAUCGGUUCGUUACUUCCUGGCGUAGGACAGAAAUUAAAAGAAUACGAGAUCGGCUCUCUGACUUGCGCAGCUCCUCCGGAACACGAGGGCAAGAAUUUGAGUUCCUUGGCGAAUCGGCACCUCCGUUGUCUCGAUUUAUAUGAAGCCAGACCGGAAAGGGAUGCUGCCGUCUUAGUCGGAUUACUCAUAGGAGUAUUACUAGCAAUUCCUGUAACUCUAACGCUCUUUGUAUUUUGGCAAAGAGGAUUCUUCUUCUGCGGUUCUCAGCGUCCAGCCACAUUCUCUCGUGCCUUCUACAAAAGAGCAGAUAACGACGAGAACAUUUAAAAAUUUUGAUAAAUUGCAUAUAAAAUUGCAAAAAGCUUUACGGUACAUAAAUCGCCAAAGUAUGAUGUUUAGUUGCAUGCGCGAUAUGAUUAAUUAGUAUAUUUCGUUGUAAGAUUCAUUUUUAAGUUACUGUCCGAGACAAAACCGUGAAACCUGUAUAUCUCAUAAUUACGCAAAAUACCAAAACAACAAUAUUCCAAUGAUAUACAGUGAGCAGUACUAUUAAUAAUUGCAAGACAAUUAUUCCUAAUGUAAACUAAAAGCGAACAAAAUAUUUUCUACAAUUUGCUAAGACAAUUCAUAACCUAUAAGAAA